AUCUUCCCACUGCAAUAAUUCUUUCCCCUCGGCGCCUAGCAUCCUUCUUCCCUUACCUCUCAGUCCGCUCCUCCCUAAACCGCCUCAAUCUUCGCGUCCCGAGCACAGUCGCCCUCCUCCACAGCGGGCGUCGCUCUCAGUCGCGCAGCCACAGCCAGCCUCCAACUCCGCGUCGCAUCCAGAGCACGUCCGCAGCACCCCGAGUCCAGCUCCACCUUGCCGGAAGAUUUUGAUUUUUGAAAUUGUGACUCGUGGCUUGGCAUUAAGUGAGGAAGUACUUUGCAGUUACUGGGUAUUCAUUUCUUGGCUAGCAUUUGCAGUACGAGGCGAAUUGAAUUUCUUUCAUCAAUCAGAGCUUAAGAAGUCUUCAACUUGUCUUCAACUUGUCUUGUGCUCAAUGGCUUCUAGUAACCAUUCUGAUGAUAAGUCCGAAAGCAGACUUUAUGUUGGCAACCUGGAUUUCAGAAUUUCAGAGGCUGCAUUGAUUAAGAUGUUUUCACCAUUUGGAAAGAUUAUUUCUGAAGACUUUCUGUGGCAUACUCGCGGGCCCAAACGUGGGGAGCCACGUGGUUAUGCAUUUGUUCAGUUUAGUACCAAAGCGUGAGGAUGCAGGAAGCAGUACUAGCCAAGGAAAAGAUGCAUGCAAAGCUGGUUGGCGGGCGCCCGCUGAUGGUCCGUCUAGCUAGUGAAAAAUUCAUGGCGGAAGAGGUGGGAGAAAAUCCUUCGAAAGCAGUUGGCGAAACACCCAAAUCCCAUUUCUCUGGAGACUCAUCAACACGGAUGAGCCGCGGUGCAAAAAUAGCUGCAAUAAAGAACAAACUGAAGUCUAUGGAAGAAGGAGAGGGCCACAAUCCCAAACGACGAAAACCCGCUGAAAGUCGCAACAGUUAACUGGAAAACAGCAUGUGGUUACCUCAAGCAUGCAUAGUACUCCGUAAAUCUGUUCUUUUUUCAACUUAUUCUUAUUACUACUAAUUGUUUUUUUUAUCGGAAUUAGACCAAAUCAGAUCAUAGUAGAUCACAUUCGAUCAAGCCUUAAUAAAUUCAAAUUAGAACCAAUCAGAUUAGACGAAAAGAACAUGUCUCUUUGCUCUUGGUCUGUACUAUGCGGGCUUGUGCUACAAUUAUUAUGAUCACAUUUGAUUUGUGUAUGGUUGGCUGAACAGAGCUAAAUUUACGUUU